UAGUUCUAAGUUCUAACACCCCCCGAGAAUAUUGAAAAAAACAAUUUUUUUUAUAUUUUUGUCCAUAUUGUUAUUGGCAGCAGUUUCUAGAACUAUUUAUUUUUAAAAGAUUUUAAUUUUUGCUGCUCGCAAUGACCCUUAAAUUUUGUUACACAUUUGCCCUUAUCUUCCCUGUGUAGUUGAUUGUGAUUUUGAAGACCCAAAAUUUUGUUCUAGAAUUCUAGGGUUUGUUUGAUUGAUUUACAAAGUUGAUAUUAUUUGUCAUAGGUGGAUUUGUGGGGUACCUUUUGAAGCCAUAGCUUUUGCUUUCAGACUAUGUGGGUUUGGCUUAGGGUUAGGGUUAGAUCUGAAUUCUGAUAAUAAUCUGAUUGAUUGUUAUUUUAAUUUUUUUUUUUUUUUUGGUUUUUGAAAGAAGGGUUUGAGGUUUAAUUUUUAUUUUUUGAAAUUCCUAAUUUUGGUAAUUUAUUCUAAAUCUGGAUGCAUUUAAUGGAGUUUGAGCUGGAUUGAGUAAACUGAAAAUUGCAGACUCUUGGAUCAGGAACCUUAAAUGGGUACGGAACUCGUGAGAAUAUCUGUCAAAGAAGAGAAUGAUGAAGUUCCGCCAGGUUUUGAGUCAUAUGCAGUUUUCACCUUAAAACGGGUACAAGAUACUGAAAAACAUGAUAGUGACAUUAAAAGCAGUUGCUCAGCUUCUGCAAGUGCCUCUGAAUCACAGCAAAUUCAGGUAGAAACUGAUGUCGGUGAUUCUGAUGGUGUGAAGACAAGAUCCCUUCGGCGUAGACCAUGGAUAAACUACGGGCAAUUUGGUCAUAGUUCAGACGAUGAAUCUGAUUACAGAAAACUUGGUCAAAAUUUCACUGUAAAGCCUCGUCUUCCUAAGGGGGUUAUCCGUGGAUGUCCAGGGUGUAGUGAUUGCCAAAAGAUCACUGCAAGAUGGCGUCCAGAAGGUGCUCGCAGGCCUGUCCUUGAAGAUGCUCCUGUAUUCUAUCCUACUGCAGAGGAAUUUGAAGAUACGUUGAAAUAUAUAGCUAGCAUUCGCCCAAAGGCUGAACCAUAUGGAAUUUGUCGGAUUGUUCCCCCGCCCUCUUGGAAACCUCCUUGUCCACUUAAAGAAAAACAUAAAUGGGAGAGUUCUACAUUUGUAACCCGUGUACAAAGGGUUGACAAACUUCAGAAUCGGCAUUCAAUGAGAAAGAUUUCAAAGUUCCAAAACCAUACUAGGAGAAAAAGGCGUAGAUGCACAAAAAUGGCCAUGGAUUAUGGAACUGAUAGCGGCAAUUUCCCUGGAUCUGGUUUCGGUGGAUGUUUCGAAGAUGAGAGAUUUGGGUUUGAACCUGGUCCAGAGUUUACUCUGAAUAAAUUUCAGAAAUAUGCAGAUUUUUUCAAAGCCCAAUACUUUAGCAGGAAUAGGAAUGAUAUUCAAAAUAUGGGAGUUAACACAACCACAGAUCAAGAGCACUGGGAACCAUCAGUGGAGAAUAUUGAAGGGGAAUAUUGGCGGAUCGUUGAGAAAGCGACUGAAGAAAUAGAGGUCCUAUAUGGGGCUGAUUUGGAAACUGGGGUUUUCGGUAGUGGGUUUCCUAAAUUAUCGAUUCAAGUUGGUUCUUCUUCAGAUGACCGGUACAUAAAAUCAGGCUGGAACUUGAAUAACUUUCCACGACUUCCUGGAUCUGUCCUCACUUAUGAAAGUGGUGAUAUAUCUGGUGUUCUCGUGCCAUGGUUAUAUAUAGGGAUGUGUUUUUCCUCCUUUUGUUGGCAUGUUGAAGAUCAUCACUUAUACUCACUGAAUUACAUGCAUUGGGGUGCCCCAAAAAUGUGGUAUGGUGUUCCUGGAAACAGUGCUGUUAAAUUGGAAGAGACUAUGAAGAAGCAUUUGCCUGAUCUUUUUGAAGAACAGCCUGACCUGCUUCAUAAGCUAGUCACACAACUUUCCCCCUCCAUACUGAAAUCUGAAGGGGUACCUGUCUAUCGCUGUGUUCAAAAUGCUGGAGAAUUUGUUCUGACCUUCCCUCGGGCGUAUCAUUCUGGAUUUAACUGCGGCUUCAAUUGUGCAGAGGCUGUAAAUGUUGCUCCUGUUGAUUGGUUGCCCCAUGGGCAGAUUGCUAUAGAGCUAUACCGUGAGCAGGGGCGUAAAACUUCCAUCUCCCAUGAUAAACUUUUGCUUGGGGCUGCAAGGGAAGCUGUAAGAGCUCAUUGGGAGCUUAAUUUACUGAAGAAGAAUAAUUUGGAUAACUUGAGAUGGAAAGAUUUGUGUGGAAAGGAUGGAAUCUUGGCAAGAGCACUUAAGACUCGUGUAGAAAUGGAGCAUGUGGGGAGAGAAUAUUUUUGCAAUUCUUCACUAGCAAUGAAAAUGGACAGUAAUUUUGAUGCCACUAGUGAGAGGGAAUGCAGUGUAUGCCUUUUUGACUUGCACCUGUCUGCAGUGGGUUGUCAUUGUUCCUCAGAUAAAUACGCCUGUUUGAAUCAUGCAAAGAAUUUUUGCUCAUGUGAUUGGAGUGCCAAAUUUUUCCUCUUUCGUUAUGACAUCAGUGAAUUGAACAUCCUUGUUGAGGCAUUGGAAGGGAAAUUAAGUGCAGUUUACAGAUGGGCAAGACUAGAUCUUGGACUGGCCCUGAGUUCAUAUUUCUCCAGAGACAAUAUGCAAGUUGAUAAUUUAUAUCAUUCCAAUGAUGGCAAGGUACAGAAGGAGUUGAAAUCCCAGCUAUCAGAAGCCGGAAUCUUUGGUUUAAUGUCAUUUCAACAAAAUAAUAAUCCAUCAGAAGCCAGCUUGCCUAUGAAAGACAUGAAAACAUCGCCUACAUCAGAUGGAACCUCUUAUGGAAUUGAAAGAAAAAAUUCCAAUUUGAAGCUGAAGACAGAAGAAUCUAUCCAUUUGGCUUCCAGUCUAGGUCACCCUGCUUGUCAGUUCUCUCCAGAAGAUAUGUCAAAUAAUGCUGAGCAAGCUGACCAGAAAUCUUUGUUAGAUAAGUCUUUGGUUUUGGGAAGUACUACUGUUAUACUUCUUAGUGACGAUGAAGAUGACGAACCAAAAGAGGCAGUUUCAAAAAGAUCUACAGGAAGUUCUGUAAAAAAUGUAGAACUUUCUGGGCGAUUGGCUUCUUCUGAAGAUAAAGCAAGCACAUGUAAUCAUGAUAAAGAUCCUGUCUUGUUUGCAUCAAUAACUGAUGCUGCACUAAUGAGUCAAAAGGAUUUGUGUUCCGUAUCUGAUGUACAAAGGCUUAAUUAUUCAUCUAGUACUAUGCUAAAGAAAGAUGAACAUCAUCCAGAUGGUGGAAAAUUGUUGGGAUCUAACCCACCAGAAUUUUCCUGUCCUGUAGGCUCUACACAUGAGGAAUCUGGUAGAAUUCUUUCUGGUUCCACAAUUAGUGGGGAGACCAGUUGUCCUAAUGUGCAAAAUGCUGCGAGUAACCUUCAGCAUCUUCCACCAUGUGAUAAUGGAAAGUCUAACAAUGAGGACAGUCAUGAAAAUUUAGGAACAACCUCCAGCUCAAAUUUAGUGAGCAGUGAGAGAACUAAUUCUGGAAAUCCAUCUUGCUCACAAAAUAGCUUAGACAGAUGUUUCCGCCAGAAAGGUCCUCGCAUUGCAAAGGUUGUGCGGAGAAUCAACUGCAAUGUUGAAGCACUGGAAUAUGGCGUUGUGCUUCCUGGAAAGUUUUGGUGUAACAGCCAGGCAAUAUUUCCCAAAGGCUUUAGGAGCCGGGUUAGGUACAUAAGUAUUCUAGAUCCAACCAAUAUGUGUUACUAUGUUUCAGAAAUUCUUGAUGUAGAACGUGACAGACCGCUCUUUAUGGUUUCCUUGGAGCAAAGUCUCAGUGAGGUAUUUGUUCAUGUUUCUGCUGCCAGAUGCUGGGAAAUGGUGAGAGAUAGAGUAAACCAAGAGAUAGCAAAGCAACAUAAAUUGGGAAGGUCAAACCUUCCUCCUUUACAGCCUCCUGGGAGUCUUGAUGGCUUUGAAAUGUUUGGAUUUUCUUCUCCAGCAAUUGUGCAGGCCAUAGAGGCAAUGGACCAUAAUCGAGUUUGUUUGGAGUAUUGGGACUCCCGGCCCUACUCCCGGGCUCAAAUGCAGAUUCAACAACCUUCCCAAAAUAGCAGUAACUUAAGUAGGGCAUCUGGGGAACAAAAUAAUCGGGAUUCAUCGGGAAGCCACCUCUUGCCAGUUGGAGCUGAUACAAUUCUCAGAGGUCUCUUUAAGAAGGCAACUAAUGCAGAACUGCACUCACUUUAUAGCAUUUUGAAUGACAAUAGGCCAGAAGCUGAUCGAUUCUUGUUGACUCGACUUCUUAUCGAAGAGAUUCACAAUCGCCCUAGAUGAUUCAUUCAUUUGGAUCAAAACCAUACCAUGGCAGUUUUUGACUUCUGUAAAUUCCCCAGUUCUUACAUUCACCUACAGUCCUCAUUCAUCAAUUUUUUUUUUUUUGGUUUUUCCUUUUUCAUAGAUAAAAGAAAAAAAAAAGCUAGAAUAUAGUUUAUGGAAUUUUUUUCCUGGAAAUUCAUCCGGUGAUUGCCCCCAUUUUUUAUUUUAUUUUUUGAGUUGUACGUUGUCCACGGUGUCUAGCAGGGCAUACAUUCCAACAGUUUUUUUUUGUGUUUUUAGCUGUGUAAAACUUUGACCUGAAAAUGCCCAUGGAUGUUUCUCUUAA